AUGCCGCACAAAAGCUCCAGGGAGACGUUUUUUCUUCAAGGGAAGCUCCUGGCGCUGUGUGACACGGAGACUGAUGGUGGAGGUUGGACAAUCAUACAGAGACGUGUGCUAGGAAAUGAAGACUUCUAUAGAGGCUGGGAUGAUUACAAGAGAGGGUUUGGAACCCCAGACACCGACUUCUGGAUUGGAAAUGACAUUAUUCAUGACCGUACCUCACAGGGCUACAACGAACUCCGUAUUGACUUAGUCUACAAAGGAAUCAAGAUAUUUGCUCACUACACAAACUUCAAUCUCACCGACGAGUCAUCUGGUUACCUAAUCACCACUGGUGGGUUUUCCGGAAAUGUCUAUGACAGCAUGAGCAUUCAAAACGGCUACAAGUUCACCACUUUUGACAGGGAUAAUGACAGAUCAGACUACAACUGUGCCGUGCGGUACCACGGGGCCUGGUGGUACAAUUCCUGUUAUGACUCCAGUUUGAACGGUGCAUGGGGAGACAGCGACUUGACGGGUAUUUCUUGGCAUAACACCAGCACUACCUUGACAGGUAUAUCGUUCACAGAGAUGAAGAUUAGGCAUGUUUAG